GUGCCAUUCCCAUGCAAGAGGAUCACUAUCUUGAUACUAAUUGAGGUCAAACUUUGCGCCUCACUGGCUUUGGCUAUAAGAGAUGCUUCACCGCUCGCUCGUUGCCUUGUUCGAAUACAGGCUGCUCAUCCACGUUGGUUCGCACUCGGAUUAUUGCCUUGCAUGCAAGGAGAAAACUUGCUCCCAUCAUUGCAUGCGAAGUUCUUACUAUUAUCAUUCAGGGUUGGAAUACUUCAGAUUGCCAUUUAGGCUAGCUCACCUAUCCUUACCCUGUCGCCUACAUCCACCAAGAAAAUCGUCCUGCUCUAGUCAUGGGUUGUUUCCCUUUCGUUCUAAGCCUUGAUGGGGCCAUAGCGAUGAUAAAGAACGGAGUGUGUUUUGGCACCAGGGCCACAUCCAUGACCGGAGAAAGCUAUACACAGGCCGACGAGAAAAUUAAGGCGGUGAUCUCAAUUUACUAUCCAAACUUGCCGACCUUGAAAGAGGGGACAUUUACUGUAAUAUGUGAGGGACGCGAGGGAAGGCCUUCUCGGCAGGAACUGCCAUACAAUGAAUUGAUUGCUCAUAGGGAUGGGAUUACUGCUCUUCGAUUGUACAAGCCAGAUUGCACUGAUGUUUUUUAAGUACCCGCUUUUGAUGCCUUGUGAUAGGAUUUUGAAUCGACAUGUGGAGGAUACACUGUGAUUCGUGUCAGUGUUGUAUAUAAUUUCUCCCUUCUCUUUUACAGUCUUCCAUCUCUCAGUGUGCUUUUAUUUGACUUUUUUGUUUCUCUACGACCCUGGCCAACCUGUCAUUGCUUCCAUACUUUUCAAAGAUAUCAUGGACCAGGCAUCAAGCCUCGUUGGUUCUCUUUUGAAUAUCAUAUUCCCUGGUUCCAUAUUUGUUGAUAUGUUCCGCAAAGCUCCCAACCUGGGCCUUCUGUCCCAUAUCCUGAUUGUCGGAUGUGCCUUUGUUUAUGUCUGUAUCUGGGUUUAUGAUGGAAUCUGGACAUUCUGUGCUGUGGAGGUUGAGAUUGAACCGCGCAGCGAGGAGCAUGAACAUCUAACCACCUUUCUGGAAUCUUCGGUUACCGGAUGUCUGUCUCGGAGGGUUAGAAGUGAGCAAUGGAGUGGAGAGCACGCGCCUGUGAAGACAGGUGUGUGGGACUGGAAAAUCAUUGGAACAUUUCGGGAAUAUCGAUUUCGACCCAACAGAAUUUGUCUAUUCCUAUUCGAGGGCUCAGUGUUUCAGUUUCGGCGGAUGGAAAGAAGCUUUGAGCUCUACUUCAAGGAGCGCUAUAGUCUGAGAGUGUUAGGCUGGUCCUGCAAGCCAAUUGAAGAACUGCUUGUGGAAGCCAGGUCACGUCACAUAUUCAAGACCAAAUCCAAAAUUACAAUUUUCAGUCCAGGAGGCAGGCUUGUUCGUCAGUCUAGGAUUCCAUGGCAGUCUGUGAGAAAAAUAAGUCGUCGGUCGCUCAAAAGUAUCGCCCUGGAAAAGGAACAGAAGGAAGAUGUUUGCGAUGACAUGCGCAGAUUUCUCGAAACUAAGUCAGCAUAUCAGAAAAUCGAAAGACCAUACUGUCGUGGUUAUCUAUUCAAUGGCCCCCCUGGAACUGGCAAAACCAGUCUUGCGCAAGCUUUGGCGGGUAAAUUUGGUCUGGAUAUUUACUUGUUGAGCUUGACAGGUCAAAACAUGACCGAUGAUGAACUCCAGUGGCUUUGUAGCCAGCUACCAGACUACCCUUGUGUUCUUCUCAUCGAGGAUAUUGACAGUGCUGGAAUCAACCGCGAGAAAACACAAGCCAUACAACGAGAGGACGGCACUAGGCAAAACAACCAGAUAUCACUCUCCGGGCUCUUGAACGCGAUCGAUGGUGUCUUAUCAUCUGAUGGGAGAGUCUUGAUCAUGACCACAAACUGCAGGGAUCAACUUGAUGCAGCACUUAUCCGUCCAGCGCGUGUGGACAAGGAAGUGGAAUUUACACUGGCAUCAGAGAAGCAAAUAGAAUCGAUUUUCCUACAUUUGUACAACGAAAACCACAUCAACCUUGUAGAUAUGGCUACUAAGUUCGCCAAGCUAGUUCCCGAUUGCCAGUAUAGCCCGGCGGACAUCCAGAACUAUCUUUUGAAUAAGAACCCGAAGAGUGCAGUUACAGGAGCUCAAGAGCAAUUCCCAACCAGAGAGUGAGCCUCAUGAUUGGAUUACACUAUUUUGUACUUUCUGUCUGUUGUUUGUUUGUAAUUGUCUUUCUCCCCUCUCUCUUGUUUGUCAAUCUUGUGGAUCCACUACUGUUCCUCGCAAAAAUAUAGCACGGCGCCCUAUUCACUUGGUAGAGGCAGCCAUUACAAUAGAUUGCAUAUACUUCGCACCCAUUCUUUUCUAACUGGUUGGAUUAUUAGCAUUACCAGCGAGAUAUGUGGCCAAAUUUGAGUUAAUAGAGGCGCUAAAGAAGCCUAGCCUCGCUGUUGCUGUCGCUAUCCAUAAACAAACACGAUGUCUAUAGUCCCAGG